AUGUCCAGCAGUGUGAAGCCAAAGCCUGGGCGCUAUGGGAGCGACAUCCACAGACUGCUGCUGGCGGCUGAAGCCGGGCAGAAGGCUGAUAUCCUGGCCUACUCCUCAGGUCAUCUGGGGCCUCGCAGCCUGAACCAGAGUCAGCCUCAAGAGGAGACAAAGUCGGUUUUUUGGAGGAUGUCUCAGAGCCAAGAAGAAAGUCGAAACCCACUAUCUCUCCAGCAGAUACAGACAAAGGCAAAAAAGAAUGAAAUGAAAGAGUUCCCCCCUGAGUUCACUUCUGGCACUGCUUUAGUAGAGCCUAGAGUCUUGGGCCGUUCUGACCAGGACAGCCUGAACAACCAAGACCAGCAAGAGAAGAAAAAAUGCUUUGGCUGGCAAGUCAUGGCCAAACCGGACCUCUGGGCUGGAAAAAAUGUUGCUGAAAUGCAUGCGAGGAAACUGCAAGAGGGGUUGAUUAAGUUGUCUGCGCAGAGCUGGCCCAGCAGAGACCGCCUUGCGGUGUUCAGUGACGUCUUUGAUGAUGUAUGUGAAGACUCGCCAGUGUUUGGACGCAUCCUGAGGGAAAUUAAGACAGAAUAUGAUUUAUACGUCAACCACCUGAUGAGUUUGCAGUCCUCGCCACGCAGCCUGUCACCGAAUACUUCACUCAAAGUAAGCGAAACCGAGUUGGACGAUGCUGAAAAGGAGGUUUGCAGGCUGGAGCAUGAGGCUAGAAGAGCUCUAGAGGAGAAUAAACGGGUCCAAAAUAACUUACAGAACAUUUCAGCUGCCAUGCACCCGAAGGACAGUGACAAGAAAAAUACAUGUCAGUCAGGGCUGCAGGAUACUAUGAGUGUCUCUGGCUAUUCUGACAGCAUCCAGUUCAAGAGGCUUCAAGUAAUGAAUGUUUGGAAGCAAAUCAAACAGCUGGAGGAAGAGCUAGAAAAGAAGUUGGUGUCCACUGUUACAACCACAGCUACUAAAGGACAUAUCAGAGACCAACAGACUGAAAUAAUGAAGCUGAUAGCCUCAAAUGAGCAUCUAAGGGCCAUUAGCAAGGAUCUUGAAAACAACAUCAGCGCAGUGCUGAACAAGGAGAAAGCAAGCAAGGCCAUAAGACGGAUUUUGUGGGAUGAAAUACACCAAGAUCUACAAGCACAGUAAAUGGCUUCAUCAGCAGGAAAACUACAGAAUACAGUGC